AUGCGCAACGCGGCGAGCGUGGAUUUCCAACCCAAAGUCAUCGUCCAGAUUCCCACCACGGACGAGGCGGCCACGGACCACACGCGCUUAGACACCCGUCUAAAGCUGUACAACCUGCGCGAGAAAGUCGUCCGCGGCGACGGGAACUGCCAAUUCCGCGCCGUCGCCGAUCAACUCUUUCGCGACCAAGAGCGUCACGCCGAGUGUCGCGCCGUCGUCGUCGAUCAACUCCGCCGCGCCUCCGAAGACUACGCUCCCUACGUUCCCGAAGAUUUCGACGCGUACGUCGAAUCCAUGGCCAAGGACACCGCGUGGGGCGAUCACAUCACCCUUCAAGCCGCCGCCGACGCCUACGGCGUUCGCAUGUGCGUCAUAUCCAGCUACCGGGACAACUUUCUCGUCGAGAUCACCCCCAAGACGGCGCGCAGCGCGCGCGUGUGUUGGAUCUCCUUCUGGGCCGAGGUACACUACAACUCCGUGUACCCCGCGUAG